AUGCUGGCCAUCCUUCUCUCAGGCAGCACAGCCCUAGCGUUUUUCCUGCGCAAUGCAACAUGCGGGACGGCCCUUACUCAACUGGUCCAGUCGUACCAGAAUAACCUCAUUGAACGCACGUCUGAUGAUGUGCUGAACCUCUUCAACUCCGGGGACUUGUGCGCACGGGUCUUAGUGGGGACUGUGCAGAGGAUUUACGUGGCUCCACUAAAUGCAAGCGCAGGCGUCACACUGGACACUCUGAUUGAUCGAGCAAUCUUUGCCACCUUUACCGACUGUGCUCAGACUUCCACCCUGGCCUUCUCGAAAGAAGACGGAACCUUUUCCGGCAUAAGUUCUCCUGACAAUGUAACUAUAGGGAACAAUGCGGCCGUUCGCGUCCUCAAGGGCUUCAGUAAUCAGACGACGCCAAAAGGUCAAGUUCCUCCGAGAUACACAAUGCUCAGCAACUCUCUCGACCCCCGAACCCGGGAUUGGUACACUCAGGCAAUGAGCAGUCCAGACGGCCUAGCUGCGCAGCUGCUGGUUGGCGCAAACGGGCAGCCUCAGUUGGUCCUGUCCAGGCGGGUGGUUCUCUCUAAGACCGGCGAAGUCCUUGGGGUCGUCACGUUGUCAUUUUACCUGACCGCUAUCAGCCGGUUCAUGAGCAAAUUUGACCUCAAGGGGGGUCUCAUGUACGUCACAAACGGGACCAUGCUUGUUGCGGACACGGUGAACGAUUACCCGGCCGCUUUCAAUGCUUCCACCCGGUCCAACAUUGUACCGGCCAGAAAGUCCAACAACUCGCUCGUCCGGGACUCCUUUUCCUACCUGCAAGCGGUCGGGCAAGUCAACGCCUCCGGCGCAAGCACGUACCGGGAGGUGCGAUUAAGCGGAGCGCUUUACUAUCUGCACUACAGAGACCUCCAGUUUCGAAACGUCGUCAUCCGGCAAGUCAUGCAUCUGCCACGUGGCAGCAUCAUGGGGCCCAUCGACAGCGGCGCGCGCUACACCAAGGCGAUCGUCAUCGGAGUCACCGCUGCGAUCUGCGCGCUGGGGUGUCUGCUGAUCGUCCUGUUCACGGACCCAGUCAGCAAGGAGAUGCGGCUCAAGGCGCAGGUGAUUGAGAAUCUAGAGGGGAGGAGGCAAGCGGAGGCGCGAGAAGAGUGCAAGACCAACUUCCUGGCCAGGACAAGCCAUGAUCUUCGAACCCCCUCUGCGGCCAUGCUGGGGUUGCUCGACAUGAUUCUGGAGUCCUCGCUGGACACUGAGCAGGCGGAGAGGGUGAAACAAGUCAAGGAGUGCGCACUCAGUCAGCUCAACCUACUUAACGACAUCCUGGACUUUAGCAAGAUCGAAGCUGGAAAAAUGGAACUCGAGAACGAGGUCUUCGACAUUGGCAACAUGCUGGAGUCUCUGAUGGAUAUGUUCAGCGUCCAAUGUAAUGCAAAGGGACUGGAAGUCUGGCUGGACAUGGACA